AUGCUCCUUUCACUCCUCUCAUUCAUCUCGUUCAUGAAUCUCAGCAUUCAAGCCCCAGUCAUCGCCGAGCGUCUGGUGCCCAGUACCGACUUCCCAUCGUCCGCCCUCAACAUCACCACUCGUGACGUCCAAUACGCCAAUUUUGACUCCAUCGACGCCCGUGGCCUUUGCGACACCAAUUUCGGGAAACACGGCCAAUGUUCCUUUGUAACAUGGACCCACUGGCCCGCGACUGACACUCUCGAGGACUCUUCACACGCCUUCUACGCUUUCGACAGCUCUUGUAAAGUCAUCGGUUAUGUUCCUGCAGUCAACAUGAAAGGCAACGACAAAUAUGCUUUCGGACCUGGCCAGACUAAGCUCCAGUAUUUCAUCGAUGUUCGAUUCAGUGUGAAGAAGGAACAUGGUUGGGCGCCGAAUAUCUGGUAUGGUGGAAGAUUUUUCAAGGAUUCCAAGUGCUGGUAUGAGGAGACGAGGUCGGGUUGGAGACAUAGCCAAGGUGUUUGUAAGAUCGCUUUCACAUGUUAG